UGGAGGAGGAGUUGGAAGAAAUGAAAGUCCAUUUAAACAGGCAGACGGAUGUUAAAGAAAUGCUUAUCAGCCAGGCCGAAAAUGCAAGGAGCGAACUAGACAGAUUAGAAAGAUACAGCGAUCCAGAAGUGGUUAAAGCUGUUAUCAUUGCUUCCCAGGCAUACCAGGAUGUAAAAGACAUGGAGAUGAAGCAUUUACAACAAGUAUAUGUGGAUUUAAGGGUGGCCCACCUCCUCAGCCAGGAAGCAUUCAUAUCUGAAAUUCAAGAGGAGAAAGCCAAAAGUAAGGCCCUCCAAGAGGAACUGGAAGAACUGGAGACUUACUAUGAGGAGCAGAGCUCCAAGUAUGAAGGAGACAAUGCUCUUGUGAGGCAGGAGGGCGAGACCCAAACGUUUAACGAAGAGCAGCUGAGUCAGGAACAAAAGUCACAAAAGAUCACAUGCAUUCAAGACACCGAGAAACUAUUGCAGGACGAAUUGACUCAGCUCAGGAUUUCAUAUGAUGAACUCCAAUAUAAAUAUGGAAGUGAUAUUUUUGAACUGACCGAGGACGUGGAAAGAUACCAGGAGGAGAUAGAGCAGGUGGAAAACGCUCUUUCCAAAGAAAAGAGAGAAAAUCUGAUCCACAAAAUAAAUUAUUCUGCGCUGGAAGAUCGAGUUGAAAAACUUAUUUUUCAGAUUAGUCAGGAGAGAAAGACGCGUUUGAAGAAAUCGGAGGAGGACGCUGAAUUUAUUCAAACCAUGAGAGCUGAGAACGCCGUCUUCCAGGAAAAAUGGAGAAAAGAGACACUCUUCCUGCAAGACGGCAAAAAACGUUUGGAGGAAGAAUUAUUUCAUGUUAAACGUUCAUACAACGAGCUUAAAUGCGAAUACGACAGCAAUGUUUCUCGAUUGAAACGAGACAGGGAACGAUACCGGCAGAAGAUGGAGCAGGAGGAAGCGGCUCUUUCCAAAGAAAAGCAAGAAAAGAUUAUCCUUGAAAGGCAAUAUUCAGAGCUGCAACACCAAGUUGAAAAACUUAAUUUGGAAAUAAUCCAGGAGAGAGAGAGACGUAUGGAAAAAACAGAGGAGGACAAAGUGCUUCUCGAAAAUACAAGAGCUGAGAACGCUGUCCUCCUAGACAAAACACGAAAAGAGGUUCAAUUGCUGCUAGACAGGGAAAGAAGUGCCCAGGCUGAGUUGGAGAAGAUGAACGGUUUGUACGUGGAGCUAAAAUCUCGCUAUGAUACAGAAGUCACUGCUUUGAAACAUCAGGCAGAAAAAUACCAGGAGGAGAUCAUCACUGUGAAAAAAGAUCUGGAAAGAGUAAGAGAGGAAUUGCUGCUGGCCGACACACUGACGGAUGAAGAAGAUUUCCAACAAACAGAUGUUGACGUUUUCCAAGAGGAGGAAGACUUACAACGCCAAGUUGAACUGAUUAAAGUCUUGAGUCCACAGGUUUCUCCAGGGACCUCAAAAGAGACCAAGAUUGCUGGAGAAAGCGUCCUGGAGAAUUUGGACCAUCCUGACACUAAACCAAUGAAGGACGAUAAAAAGGGAAAAUCUAAAACUUCGUUUUGGCAAAAGCUUCGAAACAUGCUGCGACUGAAGAAGCCAAAAAAGAAACAGAAGGGUAAAGACGAUAUUAAUAUUUAGAGAGGAACCGAUGAAUCGAACAAGUGGAGGUCGCAGCCUCUGUGAACGGGGCGCCAUGCCACGCUCCAUCAAGACCAAAUUUAAAAAGUUUUUCCCCAUUGACAAAGUAUAAAAUGGAUCCUUUCCCAACCCAAUUGGAAAAAAGGUGGGCAGCACGGUGGAGUUUGCAUGUUCUCCCCGUGUUUGCGUGGGUUUUCCCCGGGUGCUCCGGUUUCCCCCCACAUCUCCAAAAACAUGUCGGUCAGGUCUGUUGGUCGCUGCAA